GCGGGAGGGAGGGAAGGAGUGUGCCACGUCCUUUGCGCUGAGCGGCCAGGGAAGGCAGCCCCGCGCCUCAGCCCCACGUGUGGCGGAGCGGGGAAGUUGCCGGCGGCCCUCUCGGACUCUGCGCCUCCCUCGCCGCCGCCCGUCCCUCGGGUGAGCGCAACUCCAAUCACGAGUACAGUCGUGCUGAGAAACGACGGAGACCUGUGGUUAAGCAGCCUCUUGAAAAACAAUCCCAGGAAAGCAUUAAAAGUUCCUUGCAGAGCCAACCACUUGAAGAAGGAAUUCUCCAACGCCUUGUUUCGAAAGACCUUGGACUAUUUUCUGCUGUUCGACUCCCUUCACUCCCUCAUUUCAGGCAACAAAAGAUCCCACGAGGAGGAUGCGGCAGCUAAGAGGAAAACCCAAAAAAGAGACCUCCAAGGAUAAAAAGGAGAGAAAACAGGCGAUGCAAGAGGCUCGGCAACAAAUCACCACGGUGGUGCUUCCCACGCUGGCUGUGGUCGUGCUGCUCAUCGUUGUGUUUGUUUAUGUAGCGACUCGUCCAAAUACAACCGAAUGAUGCAGCCGUUCAGACUUUCUAGUUUUGAGGUAUUAAUGAUGUUAUGGAGAGCCAAAGGAACUCUCUGCCACUCUUUUAGUACUUCACAAAGGAACUUGCUGGUAUUUUCAGUCUUUCUCUUGGUUAGGGUCCUGCAGAUUCUCUUUAGGAAUGUAACAUAAAACGUAUUAGCGAGUGUGCCAGUACGUUUUAUGGUCCGGUUCAUGUGCCUUUCACACUUUUAAAAGGGUGUUUUUUCUUACAUCUGUUUGAAGCUCUAUAUUGUAAAAGGAAAUGGUGUUCUGCUAUAAAUUUGUAAGAAAUCAGCUUUCAGCUUUUACCACUGUUAUGGAUCACGUUGCUCCCAUGAGCUCUUGUAUGUCUAUUUCAGAACUUCCAAAGAAGUACGUUUCUUCUUUGUACUUAAUGUUAUACGAAGUGCUUCGCUUCAGAAAGGAUAUAUUUAUUUUUUGAAUAAAAGAGAGAAGUCUUAUUCAGAGUCUUCAGAUUAUUUUGCAGAAAAAAAAGUGACUUAUUGUGAAAGCCUACACUGUGUAAUAUUUUUUUCAUUAAACACUAUGUAGUUCACUCAAAGAUUUUCUUCAUUUGCUGUGAGGUGCCAACAGGCCGAGCAAAUGCUUCAGAUCUACUGGAAGGGAUCUUACAGAGGUUGGAGAUUCUACCAGUUUAUGGUGAAGUACCCAAUAACAAACUGCAUAAACACAGAUAGUUGUUUAUCUGGAUGUUAAAUAUUUAAAUCUGUAUAAGUGGCAAUAAAAAGGUGAUUUUGGAUACA